GACGCUAUGGCUCGAACUAAGCAGACUGCUCGGAAGUCUACCGGCGGCAAGGCGCCGCGCAAGCAGCUCGCCACCAAGGCGGCCCGCAAGAGCGCGCCGGCCACCGGCGGCGUGAAGAAGCCGCACCGCUACCGGCCCGGCACGGUAGCUCUGCGCGAGAUCCGCCGUUACCAGAAGUCCACGGAGCUGCUGAUCCGCAAGCUACCGUUCCAGCGGCUGGUGCGCGAGAUCGCGCAAGACUUCAAGACCGACUUGCGCUUCCAGAGCUCGGCGGUGAUGGCGCUGCAGGAGGCGUGCGAGGCCUAUCUGGUGGGGCUCUUCGAGGACACCAACCUGUGUGCCAUCCACGCCAAGCGCGUCACCAUCAUGCCCAAGGACAUCCAGCUUGCCCGCCGCAUCCGUGGGGAGAGGGCGUGA